AUGUCCGUCAAUCACGCUCCACAGUCCCUACCUUCUUUUGCACAGGCAUUUAGCAACUCUUCUCUUAGUUCAAUCCCAAAUUCUAAUAACGCGCUACCACCAAUUCAACCAAGAACUCAUCAUACACUCUCACCCUCAAGACAGCCUAGCAUAGAACAAUUAAGAAAUUCUAGGAAACGUUCUAGAGAAGACGUAGCAAUCCCUCGUGAUAGCACAGAUGACUCUGGCCGCCAGUCACCUAGAGUCCUUAGAAUCAAGGAGGAAGAUGACCCUGAUGAUAGUAUCAUCGAUUCUCCUUCCCCUCAAAUAUCUUCUCCGACUGUCAUUCCACCGUCACCAAAGAAACGACGAGUGACUGUGAGUGGUACCACACUCCCUCCCUCAAUCGCCCCUUCCUCCUCUGAAUCACAUUCAACUCCAAUAACUCCCGUGGUCAUAUCAAUACCAACAGUAGAAGACGUUUCUUUGAGGCCCACCCUAAAACAGCAGCAGCUCAUCGAACAGCGCAGACCGAGUUUCGCGGCUCCCCCAGUUCCGAGUCCCAUGCUCUCAGCUGCUAUUAAUAAUGGUACUUCCUCCUCUUCUUCCCCCCCAGAAGGUUCCUUGGCAGCAUCAAAGCUAAGUCUCCCAAGGUUGGGUAGACGUAGUCCCAAUACAGUUACCCGUACCAGUGGAAAUACUCUUGUAUCUGGCAGUCGUGCGACUGUUCAAUCACAGCCACUCACCCCUCCUCCUAUGAUUGUGCCAAGUCAGCAACCACCUUCUGUCCCCACAAAUCAAAAUCAACCCGAGGUACCACUUAAAAGCCCUCCUUCAAACUCUCUGCCACCUCCCCCUAUUAGUUUCGCACGUCGACGCGCAGCUCAGUCCGGUGGCCGUAAAAGAAAACCCGCCGAUAUUGUCAUCAGCCCUCGUGGGACUCACUCUUCUGACCCGCUCGCACCUGUCAUACAAAGCGCCCCUCCAGUUCCAGAAUUAGGUCGGUUCCCUAUGGCUUUACCACGACUUCCAACCGCUCUAAGCGGAAACCAGACCACGCGAAGAGUAGCCACUAACGUUCCUCCAACACCUACCCGAUUUGGCUUGCAGCACACGAUAGGUCCCUCGGUGAGCGCACCGAAGACCGCGACCACAAGAUCUCCUCCUGCUAUACCAAUCGCUAGCUCAUUAGUCCCGCCUACACCUCGUGCUCUCCAACAUCCCGGUUACUCAGGAGAUAAAUCUUCAUUUCUAGCGCCUUUCGAAGUUUUCUACGACGCGCUCAAUGACUCGAAGCAGAUGAAAAACUGGCUGUCUGAGCAGCUUCAAAAAUCAAAUGCGCUCCUUCAAUCUCUGCAAAAGGUUGAUGCGGUGGUCGAGGAGUUGGUGGAGAAACGGACGCGGUCGAUGCAAGAGGAAAUGCAGGGCAUGCGCCAGCGCUUAGAUUUGUUGGAGGAGGCACUUCGUGCUGUGCGUGCGGAUUCGGUGCGGAGUCAAAGUACGAGCGGCGGCGGUAUUGGAUACCCUCAGUCAAAGUUUCAACAAAAUGGAAUAACGAGUUCGGGUUCAGAACCGUCUUCGUCGUACAGGUUCCCGACCACUAGCGCUGAGCAACGCAGACGGGCGUCGCCACCUAGCUGGGGAACCGAUAAAGACAGGGACCGCGCAGCAUCUCGUUCUCCUGAUACAGACCGUGAUCGCAGGAUGUCGGCCUCCGUCGCACGAUUAGAAGCCCCGCGUCUCGACCAGGGCCAGUCGCAAUCUCAACCUCAAUCCCAGACGCCUUAUUCGCCAUUCGCUGCUUCAUCCAGUCGUGGUGGGCCUGUUGUGCCUGCGGCUAACCCUAAAAUCACGCCGCCGCUACGAUCACAGGCCGUACCUGGGCCUGAGCGUUCUAAUACGCAUCGCCAAACACAAGCAGAUGGGGUGCGACCAUCGGGUAGGAUGUAUUACUCGGGCUCGGGGGUGUUCAAUGGUGGUAGUGGGGAGACGGUGAGGGGCGAGAGCCAUAAAAAUGCAGAGGAGCGCUGA